GCAGUGUUGCCAUAAGUCAGUUAUAUAUAAACGUAAAAUUUUAAAUAUGCAGAUAUAUUUACAAAUUUAAAAUUAUAUAAGUAAAGGGAAAUCAAAUUAAUAACUGACUUAUGGCACCCCUGACUGUCAGCGUCAACCAGCAAAGCAAUGAUCACGGAAUCCCCAGAAAUAUGGUUGACAGUUUACAGUAGACGUAGUGUCAGACCUUCAGGUUAGUGUCAUCUAAUUAUGUGCGUUUUUUUAUCGAGAACUUUCAUUCAAUUUUCUGGCCAAAUUUGCUUCAAGGUGAAUCACCACGAACUUUGCUUUACGAUGUGAAGGGAGAAGUUGCUAUGGAAACCGUGACAUUUGACGCCUCAAAAUUGCUUAGCCCAGGUACCUUCAAGUGAACCUGGAAACUUCAAUUGCAGCCGUGCCGAUGAUGGAUACGGUCUGAAGCCUGCCAUUAGGACAAGAAGGACCUCAGAGCUCCGAGUCCUGUUCUGCCACCCCGAUCCCCGGAUCCUGAACACGCACGUUAAAGGAGAUAUGAAGAUAUGUGUGUGUAACAUAAUCAUCUGCAUAGCACGGUGUCUGUCAUGUCUCAUGGCAUAGGCUCGGGAACAGCGAUCAAUAAAUCUACAGCUGAUAAAGAGCUGUGUUGGAGGGAGUUGGAACCCCUGUGUAUGGAUACGGGCGACACUAUGAAAUUUAUUCACUCUGAUGUUAUGCCACGGCGCUUUGCUCUCCUGGAAGCAUUCCAGCUAAUGGCCUCUGGACGAGACUGGAGCCGUGCAAAGAAGUCAAUCUGUUCAGUUAGGAACUUCCCGUAACUUCUGCAUCAAGGAGGAACUCCCAUUACAGAAAACCCGUACAACAAGAGAUUCAUAUAAUUUUUCCCUAACAUUUACUAAACCAGAGAAUAUGCUGAAUCUUUUUGCCAGUGAAUCUGCAUUAUAUGUAAUGUAUGACAAUUACUUCAUUUGAAAUAUGUGGAAAAGUGAGUAGGAUUUGCAUGAAUGAAAGGUAACCCCGAAAUGCGUAAAAUGUAUAAAAUAUAUGAAUUUUAUUUUUGGGAUACCAAGUAUCUCUUUCCAGCUGUUUUUAUUUUAUUUUAUUAAUUAUUAUUCCAGGCUUCGCUCUCUGUCAGUUAUUGGCACCAAUGUUUUCUGUUACUACGUUGUUAAGAUUCCUUUUGGAUAUUGCUACACUAAAUUACUUCUGUCAGUGCCUCUUCCCCCACCCCCUCCAUUUAUGUCACCUAUUCUGGGAGGGGGGUGGGGUUGUAGGUACCCGCUCCAUUUAGCCUGUAAGCGAAUCUGCUAUUUACGUGGAUUAUGCUAAGUGAUGAUAUACCUGGAUAGGAGAUUCCUCUAUCCUCUCAUUAUAAUCACAGCCAUUGCAGUAUCUAUCUG